UAUCGCAAAAUCACCUUUCCAGAGUUUUGCGUCGACCAUUCCAGACCACUGGUGACCUUUGACAUUCAAAAUGGCUGUCAGCAAGUGCACGUAUCGUUUCCUUGGCUGCAGUGGACUCAAAGUGUCCAAUCUAUGCCUUGGAGCCAUGACUUUUGGAGAGCACAGGGGUGGCCGACCAGGGCAAUGUGAUGAGGCUACAGCUCAUGCCAUCAUGGACAAGUUUGCUGAGCUGGGAGGCAACUUCAUAGACACAGCAGAUGUCUAUCAGUAUGGAGUGGCUGAGGAAUAUGUGGGCAGCUGGCUAUCCAUGAAACAGAGGGACAGAUUUAUCAUUGCCACCAAGGUAAAUUUCAACAUGGACCCAACUCAGCAGGAUCCCAAUAAGCGUGGCCUCAGCAGACAUCAUAUCCUAAACUCCAUCGAUGGCAGCCUCAGGAGGCUGCAGACAGACUAUGUGGAUCUGUAUCAGGUGGGGAGAGAGCAACAGCGGGAAAAAUUUGUCAUUGCCACAAAGGUGUGUGGUCCGAUGGGACAGGACCCAAACCAACUGGGACUUAGCAGGCACCACAUUAUGGCCUCCAUUGACAAAAGCCUGAAAAGGCUUCAGACUGAUUAUGUGGACCUCUACCAGGCAGGUAGGAAUGCAGUUACAGCUGCUUCAGGUUGUUUGUCUCCACCUGCAGGUAAAAGUGUUGCCCAGGUGUCUCUCCGCUGGCUGCUGCAGAAGGACGUGGUGUCUUCGGUCAUCAUCGGGGUGAAGACUCUGCAGCAGUUGGAGGACAACAUGGGGGCCGCAGACGGCUGGGAACUCACACAGCAACAGAUGGAUGACCUGGAUGCAGCCAGUGCUGUGGAGAUCCCCUACCCGUAUGAGAUGGUCUGGAGGGCCAACAAGGCAGCCGGCAGACAGAGGCCAUAGAGCGGACAACAGCUUCUAGAACUAAGAAUUACUAUUGAUGGCAGGGUCACGCACACCUAUGGCCACACCGAUAAUGCUAAAUUGAAAUUCAACAUGAAGAGAGUCUGAGGGCUGUAAUUUUUAACUUGAUACACACAGUUUUAGGGAAUAAAGUAUCAUGGAAGUUUACCUCCCAGCCUUCAAUUUUCAUCUUGACCACUUGCUAGAUUUUUACCAUAGAAUAUCCAUGGACCAAGGAAAUACAUGUAAGUUGGUGAAAUGCACAGAAGGCUGGAUUAACUUGUCUCUAUUGUAAUCACUACAUAAACCUUUUCUGACCAGUUUUCUCAUCUUUUUUUGUUCGAAUAGUUCAGAAGUAAUCCAAGUCAGAUACUCUACAAUGAGUUUCACUUGUCUUAAUCUAGAAAACAUUUUCUCUUUUUUUAGUCGGUGAUAUCAAGGAUGUCUUAUGUAAUGUCCUUGGUAAUUUGUAACAUGUAGACAGUCAAAGGUGUGUUUAAAAGAAAUCAUGAUACAUCCAAAAUGAUUACACAGUCAUAAAAUUAAGUAAAAUCUAAUAUUUCCACUAGACUUUGCAAUAAUAAUCAAUUUGUCUUUGUCCCUACUCUGAAAGAGUGAGUUAAAUGGAAAUCAUGCUGUUCAAGUAACAUUUUACUCAGAACUGUAACAUUUUCCAUGCAUUUAGUUACCAUAUCA